UUUCAGAGGAGAAAUCCAAAUAUUUUUCAGAAGAGAAAUGAAAAUAUUUUUUGGAACCAUCUUGUUAUACAGAUAAAGAUGGGUUGGAUGUUACUUUUUUAUCUUUUGUUUUACAUCAAACCGAUUCUUUCAAAAUCAGUAUACCAAGACAAUAAAUCGUUGGCAAAAUUGGUUAACAAUAUUGAUAACGUUGUUAAAAAGACCGAGAAAAUAAAGAAUGAAAUAAAAGUGAAGAAAGGUCUUGUUCCAUUAAAUUUUAAUAAGCAAAGUGCAUUUGACAUAAUAUCUUCAAUAAACAAAAAAACAAUUCAAUCUGACAAAAAGUUUAUUGAAAGUGAUAUCCAUAUUGAUGGUAAUGCAUACAAAGAAUUUAAACGAACUGCCCAAAGAGAUCGCAGAUAUUUGUGGCAUGAAAAAGUUGUUCCAUAUGUUAUUGACAAAAGUAGUCUUGGUGACCAAAAUAUCAUAAUAGAGUCUAUGAAUGAUAUUGCAAAUGUUUCUUGCUUGACCUUUGUGCCAUACAAUGGUCAAAGCCACUGGAUAAAUUUUGUUAAACAAAAAGGUUGCUGGUCAAGUGUUGGAAAAUUAUGGUACCGUCCUGGCUCUCAAGAUAUUAGUAUCGGAGAUGGAUGUUUAUUUAAACAUGUGAUUAUUCAUGAAAUCAUGCAUGCACUAGGCUUUCAACACGAGCAUAAACGAAAUGAUAGAAAUGAUUAUGUUGAAAUAAUGUGGGAGAACAUAAACCCUGAUGAACUCAAUAACUUUGAAAAAGAAAGCAAAGAAGAUUCAGAUGAUUUAGGCAUUGAAUAUGAUUUUGAAAGUAUACUUCAUUAUGGUUCAUAUGAUUUCUCCAAAAAUGGAAAAACCCUUAAAACAAUUGUCCGGUUAGUAAACCCAGAGAUACCAGUUGGUGGAAGUGUUCGUCUAAGUGAAAAAGACAUAUUAAAAUUAAAUGUUUUAUAUAGCUGCAAGUCUGAUACAACUGAAUUUGUUAGUGAAUGGUCCUCAUUUGGACCUUGUAAUGCUUUGUGUUAUAAGUCACGCCAGCGAUUUUGCUCAAGUUCAGACAUACUAAAAUGUCCUUUUGUUGAUGAAGAUGGAGUGGAAACUCAAGAAAGAUUAUGCAGUGAUUCUGAAUGUCAAGCUCCAAUUGAUGGUCACUGGGAACGUUGGAGUGGUUGGUCAAGUUGUAGUAAAAGUUGUGGGUCAGGCAUAAUGUUUAGAUCAAGAAAAUGUGAAGACCCUGCUCCUAAGAAUGGUGGUAAAAAUUGCUCCUCAGAAGAUUCACAAUCUACAGUCUGCAACAAUUUUAAAUGUUUAGGAGUAAAUGAUUGCUCUUUUGAACUUAAUUUGUGUGAUUGGGUUGCAAGCAACACUCCUUUUAAAUGGCAAAGAUUCACAGGGGCAACACCCACAAGUAAUACAGGGCCAUCGUUUGAUCACUCAGAGGAAAUGAAUGGACAAGGUUACUAUUUAUACACAGAAGCUUCAGGAAUGAAUCAGGGUGAUGUUGCCUUGUUGACUAGUAAAAGCUAUCCUGCAUCUGUAGGAGAUUGUUUUUCAUUUUGGUACCACAUGUAUGGAUCAGGAAUCGGUAGUCUUUUAGUAUUUUUGGUUAAAAAUAAUUCUCAAAAAGAAAAAAUUCUAUUGAAGAUGGUCAAUGGCAAUCAGGGUAAUGUUUGGAAGCGUUCAGAAGUUACUAUCAGAUCAGAUGUGGAUUAUCAGAUAAUCGUCCAGGCAAUAAGAGGAAACAGCUUUUUAUCAGAUAUUGCUAUUGAUGACAUAAGAUUAACUUCUAAAACAGUGUGUGCUACAGAUGAUUUUAAAAGUCUCUCAGGAACACAAAAAUUGGGCUGUUAUAAAAGUUCAACAAAACCAUUUAGUUCACUUAAGAAUAUGAGAAACAACAUAAACUGGUACAAUAUUGGUAUGGUGGUCGAACAGUGUGCUGACUUUAGCAAGCAACAAAAUUCAACGUAUUUUGGAAUACAGUUUUACGGAGAGUGUUGGCAUCACCUCAAAAAUGAUGCCUCGUUUAAAAGCGGCGAGACAUCUAACGACUGCUUUCAGUAUUUGGUUGGAAAAGAAACAUCGAUCAUGGUAUAUAAAUUGUUAUAACUUUGCGCUGUAAUGUAAAUAAUAAAAAAUAUUAAAUGACUUAAUUCA